GGCUAGUUUUCAAUGUUGGACGCGACUGCGUACCUCUGACUGCGAACCAACCUUGGUUUUUGUCCAUUCUGAAUUCAUUACCUCGGAACACUUCCUUUUCUGCUGAUUUAUUGAGAACAAACUUUUAUUUGCAAUCGUUUACUCGUUCGUCCGACCGAAUGUAAAGUUUUCUGUCGUUUUCAUCGUUUUUAGUCAAUCCUUCGUAAAACAUGGUACUGCAGUCCUUUUCUGACAUAUACGCUCUUUUCCAUCUGUCCUUGAAACUAGAAUGGCAAAAUGUCCUGCUGUUAGCUGUUCUGCUGCUCGUAAAUGUUUAUCUUCUGGCCAGCUUUUUUAACAAAGCUUUCACGUUGGAUUCUGGCAACUAUGAACAUUUUAGUCCAUCAGGGGAUCGGAAGUUAAAUGCAUUUCUUCUUUACAUUGUGUCUUUGUGUACGUGUCUGUUUCUAACGAGCUUUACUCAACCUUUUGCUUGGACGAGACUGUUAGUCUUCGCUCAAUAUGAGAUACUCAUUGUCUACAGCUUACGCCUGCUUUCCUCCAAAUUGAAUUGGCAGCUGUUCUAUUCGGGUGUUUUUCUAUCUUGGGCUGUCGCGAUUCCAGUAGUUUAUGAGUACGCUAAAUCUUCAAGCUUUGUCGGGGUGUCGCUCACAACCGCUUUGACAAAGAUUCGUCUUUUGCAAUGUCUGUAUAUCAUGAGCACGAUUGCUCAAUGCUUCAUCCCACUUUCCUUUCCGCGAUCGCACCGCUCCUCUUUGAAAGAGUCUUUUAAACAUUCCAUAAAUCCAGAGGAGACAUGCAGUUACCUCUCUAAAUACUGUACAUACAGUUGGCUUGACGGCAUUAUCUGGAAGUCUUUCUUGUCAAUUCUUCAUUUUCGCGACAUUCCACCGUUGUCGUUAUCCAACACAACAAAGCUUUGGCGUGACAAAUUUGCGGCUGUUUCCUCAAAUAACAUUCUGACCAGAAUUCUUUUCACUUUGAGAAAAACUAUUAUAGAAAUGCUGUUUCUUGCUGUCUUGGUCAGUCUCUCACUAUUCAUUACGCCAUACGGUAUGAAGCAGCUACUUCAAUACUUUCAAUCUGGACGGGUGGACAAAGGUACGAGCCCAUUAUUUUGGACUUUUGUUUUGCUUUUCGGACCGUGUAUUGCCUCAGCUUGCAAGGAGUAUUAUGUGCAUGUUUCAAGGCGUUAUAUGCUAAGAAUUAAGGCCGUUUUGUCACAAGAAAUUUAUGAAAAGGUAUUGACCAGAAAGCUCCCACAAACAGACCACGUGGAACAAAAGCGUAAUCCAGACAGUGUGUACAAUUUAUUAUCCGUUGAUGUUGACCAUGUGGCCAAUUCGCGUGAAUUUAUCGGACUCUCCGUACGUGCUCCUUUGGACAUUACAUUGUCGCUGGUUUUUCUUUACAAUCUUUUAGGAUGGAGCACUUUUGCCGGGGCUUCACUUGCCUUUCUCUCAGCGUUCCUUCCUCUCGUAAUUGCGGGCAAAAUAUCUAAUCUUACAAGUACGCUUGGGCAGGCUAGUGAUGAACGAGUCCAAUGCGCGGCAGAAUUGCUGAAGACAUAUCGGAUAUCGAAGUACUUUGCUUGGGAGAAUGCAGCUGUCGCAAAACUUGAUAGCAAACGGAACGCGGAGUUAAAACAUUUACGCAGACUGUCGGUUUUUGACAUUAUGUUCAGCUGCCUGAUGAAGAUAUUUCCUUUAUUGAGCAUGUAUGUAACAUUUUUUGUGUUCACAAAAAUUCAACGUCGCACCCUUACUCCCGCUAUUGCUUUUACAUCCAUCUCAUUAUUUUCCGUUUUGAGAAAUCAAUCUAUCUCUGUUGCAGCUGCGUUAAGACAAAGCAUUCAAUUUUCUGUUUCAUUACGAAGAAUUAGUGCCUUUUUGGAUGAACCAACACAAAUUCGAGACGAGAUGGUGUCUUCAGGCGACUCAGUGUUUGAGUUGAGGAAUGCUUCUGUUUCCUGGCUCGCUAAUCCAAAGGAAGACGAUUUCCAACUGUCCAAUCUUUCUUUUACUAUUCCUCCGAAAAGCACUUGUCUGGUUGUUGGAAAUUCCGGUGCGGGGAAAACGACCUUGCUUCUGUCAUUUCUUGGUGAAACUUUUAUAACAAGUGGCAUUUUUAAGACACCGAAUCCGAACGUGCAGAUUGCCUAUGUUCCUCAGAUUCCAUGGUUAUUAAACGACACCAUACGCAACAAUGUCCUUUUUGGAAAUUCAUUCAACAAGGAACGAUACGAUAUGGUUCUCCAGAGUUGUGCCUUGCUACCAGAUCUGCAGAGUAUGCCAUAUCAGGACAUGACUAGCGUUGGGGAGAAUGGUUGCAACUUGUCAGGUGGUCAACGCCACAGAUUAAGUCUUGCUAGAGCUUUAUACAGUUCAGCACCAGUCCUUAUUAUUGAUGACGUGUUCUCUGCUUUGGAUGCUAAAACAUCUAAAUGGAUUUUUGAUUCCUGCUUUCGUUCUACUUUUCUUCAAGAUAGAACAGUUAUACUUUCAACUCAUAAUGUGAAAUUAUGCCGUGAUUCUGUGGAUUACUUCCUCGUCGUACGGAACGGCACAGUUCAAAUGCUUCGGCCAGAACAGUUCUCGGAAAAGAUUAAUCUCGAAACGGUAAAUGCAAAGAGUACGAGUUGUGAUGACGAUGUUAAAGAGCCGCGACAGCGCGCAUUUCACCAGGGCUUGCCCGAAGAGGAGAAGAGCUUAGAGAUUGAAGUGGCUGAGGACGUCAAUUCAUUGAAGUUGAUUUUAAGGUAUUUCAGUAAGUUCGGCUCACGAUCGUUCAUUGCAUUUACUGUAAUUUCUGUUGCUUUGUCACAGCUUUUAAAUGCGGCAAUUCAACUUUGGAUUACGAUGUCGACUGGUUCCUCAGAGAACGACGAUUCGACGGGAAAAAUCAGCGCAGACAACUUUAUGCUUGGGUACGGUAUUCUGCUUCUGAUGUUAUUUGGUGCCGAUCUGGUUCAAAGUCUGGCUUUCUUCUUUGGUGGCAUGAAUGCAUCUCAAUUACUUCACAAAGAAAUGACCAAACGGGUUUUUCAUAGCCAUAUGUAUUGGUUCAGUCAGACUCCUCUUGGAAGAAUCAUUCAACGAUUUGCGAAGGACAUUAUCGCGGUUGAUAACCUUUUGUGGUGUUCCCUCGAAGAUACUAUAAACUGCUUAAUGCUUAUCAUCGUUGGUCUUGGAAGCGUAUCCUUUGUCAUGCCGGUCUUCUUGUUUUUGGCACUCAUCGUUUCUGUCGUCGCCAUUACCAUUGGCCAUAUUUACACGAAAGCACAACGACAUCUUACCGGACUAGUUGCCGCCAAAACGUCAGUCGUCUUCAAUCUCAUGAACGAGACUAUUGAGGGUCUGGCAGUUAUCCGUGCUUUUAAGAAAAUGGAGUAUUUUGCAAAUAUGAAUAUUCUCAAAUUGGAUAACAUGAUUGCGGUGCAGUAUAUAUCAAUUGCCAUUAACCGAUGGAUCGCCGUCCGUUCAGACGGAAUAAGUGGCAUCGUGGGUUUUCUCGCCGGCGUGAUUGCCCUUAUGAGCAAGAAUAUAUCGGCGGAGUAUGUCGGUUUCUCACUGAAUGGCGCUGUUGGUUUCAGCACUAUCAUAUUGAUCUUUGUUCGUGCAAGCAAUGAGUUACUAACUCUAACGAACAACUACGAACGGGUUGAAGAGUAUACAAUGUUACCCAUGGAACGGCCGGAGAAGGAUGAAUUGAAGGCUUCACUUGAGCUUUCGAUGGAAAAGCAAUGGCCUCCUCAUGGAGGAAUUCGUUUGAAGAAUUACUCUGUGAAGUACUCACCCAAUGCAAAAAGCGAUGUCUUGCAUGGUUUAAACGUUACCAUCCAACCCGGUGAGAAGGUUGCUGUUGUUGGCAGAACCGGUAGUGGAAAAAGCACCUUUGCGCUGAGUCUCUUACGAUUUACCGUUCGCACUGAGGGAAUCUUGACGAUUGACGGUGCAGAUAUUGAAAAAAUGGAUCUUACCAGGUUACGAAAGGGUAUAGCUUUGAUACCCCAAGAUCCUGUUAUGAUGGCCGGCACUAUUCGUAGCAACCUGGAUCCACUAAACGAGUUUGACGAUAGUGAUUUGUUCUCAGCAUUAGAUGCAAGCGGCGCUAGUGAUAUCCUAGCAAAUGACUUUCAGUCCCCAUCCGAAAAGAAGCUCCGAAGCUCGAUAAUGGACAUGCCUGUGAAGCAAUCUGGCCGCAACUUUUCCCAAGGUCAGAGACAAAUUCUUGCGCUUGCGAGAGCAAUUGUCCGGAAGCCUCGGAUUAUCAUUUUGGAUGAAUGCACUGCUUCGUUAGACGACAAUGCAGAUUUACAACUGCAAAAAAAUCUGCGAACCGUCUUUCGAAGCGCUACUGUCAUAUGCAUUGCGCAUCGUAUUUCCACCAUAUUGGAUUAUGACAAAGUACUGGUUUUAGGCGAAGGACGUGUUUUAGAAUACGACUCUCCACAUAACCUACUUUCUCUUAAAAAAGGUACAUUCUAUGAACUUUGUCUCCAGAGCAAUGUUGUUUCAGUAAAGGCUUAAAAUUGGCUUGUCACACUCUCUCAUUGCCAUUUUUUUUCUUUCUCGUUUAUUCCGUUUAAUACUUCUUUAUUGUUUCUUGUUUUUUUUAACCUUUAGAAUUCUCAUUAUUCCAUUACGUUCAUUCAAUAAGCAUUUCAUACAUGAAGCACGAUGUAGUUUGUUAUGGACAGACAAUUAGCAAAAGCUUGAC